CAUUUCGCGCCAACUUUGUUUUCUAUACACUCAAGUUGUAGUAGAAAAUCGGCAAAUCAUUAAGAAAAAAAGAUGAAAGUGAACACCCCUGAGAUUUUCUGGCAUGGCAGGGAGCCUGUGUACAGCUUGGACUUCCAGCCAGGGAAGAGAAGUAUCCAACGUUUGGCCUCGGCUGGAGUGGACAAAACUGUCCGGAUGUGGAGUUUGGUAACAGACAAAGAUGGCAAAGGAAACGUGGAAUUCUUGUCAAGUCUCACUCGUCAUUCUCGAUCUGUAAAUGUUGUCAGAUUUUCUCCUUCAGGAGAUAUAUUGGCAUCCGCUGGAGAUGACUCGGUGAUCAUCCUGUGGAAGCUCAACGACUCAACACCCCCAGCAGGUAACAUUUUCCAGGAGGAUGAAGAGGAUAACAAGGAGACAUGGUCAACUGUCAAGAUCCUCAGGGGUCAUCCUGAAGAGGUGUAUGACUUGUGCUGGUCAGCUGACGGCAAAUCCCUGAUCUCUGGCUCUGUGGACAAUAGCGCUAUUCUGUGGGACACAAUAAAAGACACAAAACUAGCCAAGUUUCAUGACCACAAAAGCUUUGUACAAGGUGUUACCAUUGAUCCCCUGGGGGAAUUUGCAGCUUCUCUCAGUUCAGACAGGUCCUGUCGCGUUUUUAGUAUUGCCAGUAAAAAUUGUGUGAACAACAUAUCCAAGAUGACUCUGCCUGCACAUCUGGCCCCAGCAUCAGAUACGAACACUGACAGUAAACCCAAAUCCUUCAGAAUCUACCAUGACGACACAAUGAGAUCAUUCUUCAGAAGGCUUAAUUUUUCACCAGACGGGGAACUACUAGUGACACCUGCUGGCUGUUUUGAACAAGGGGAGAAACUCUUGAACUGCACAUACGUGUUCACAAGACAGGGGUUCUCAAAACCGGUGUUACACCUGCCCAGCCAACAGAAGGUGACCAUUGUGGUAAAAUUUUCACCUGUACUGUAUGAGCUGAGAAAAGUCCCAAAGGUUAACUCACAAGACAAGGAAAACAACAACCUGAAGGAAUGGGAGAAAUAUGAAACCUUAUUCAGUUUUCCGUACAGAAUGGUGUUUGCCGUGGGGACAGAAGAUUCCGUGUUGCUGUAUGACACACAGCAGUCUUACCCGUUUGCUUUUGUGGGAAACAUUCACUAUCAUCAACUCAGUGACUUGUCAUGGACCUCAGACGGCAAUUGUUUAAUAGUGUCCUCUACCGACGGGUACUGCACCAUCGUCAGGUUUGAGGAGGGGGAAAUAGGAGUGCCCUACAGCCGUCAGGUGGUCCCCACUACUAAACUCUUCUACCCCUCAACAGAUCAACCAAACGAAUCCUCCAUUUCACCUGAGCAAAUGACAGUGUCUGAGACAACACCACAGCCAACCGCAUCACCCGGUACUUCACAGCCAAUAAAAACUGAAAAAUUGCUACGCACCCCAGAAAGAAGCCCCAGUGUGAGUGAAGGGGACAAAGCAGAAGAAAAGAUGGAGGUUGAUCCUUCCUGCUCAGACUUGCACCUUGUUCUGGAAAUGUCCUGUGACUCUGCUCCAACCAAAACUCCCACAGACGAGAGGGUGCAAUCGUGUCUGGGAGAUACCGAGGCAGACAACAAAGACUCUGAAAAGUUUCCAGCAAAGCCUGUGUUUGACUUGAGCGCUGCCCAGCAUAAUGCAGAUGCUAAGGCUAUGGCACCACCGCCGCCUGUAAAGCCUAUGAUGACGGUUAGGUCCACUGAUAACAGUGGGGGUGCAAGACGGGUGCAGCUUACAACACUGUCAUUGCUCAAACCGAAAUAAUGUGUUGUUUGUUGAGUGUGUGAAUAUUCAUGAAGACUUGAAAAGAGAGGCCAGUAGGACCACUCACUGACUGAAUUUCUCAGUGAACCAGUUUGAGUUCAGUCAUUUAUAAAAUAGUGCAGGAUCCUACAUCCUGCUGAAGUGCUGAGGUCUGGACUUGUGUCCAACACACCAGGUUCCCAUCUCACAACUUGAGGGAAAAUUUCAAGAAAAUUAAGGAUGGUUUCAAAAGUCGUAUACAAUGUAAUGUGGACUUGUAUUAUAGACGUGAAGAACGUGUGGUACCUCGCAGCACAGGGACCCCUCACGGAUGACAAAGGAGAAUCAUUUCAUUGCAUACAGCAGCCAUAAGUUCUAAAUGUUUUAAAAAACAUCCCCUCUAUACGGAGUAAGCAGAUUGCAGUGUUCUGCUCAGGAACACCCAUUAAAGGAGAAGAAAACUUGAAAACAUCACACCAUAGGCUGAAAAGAGCACAUUUUU